CACGAUACAUUGUGGAAGCCAAUCAAUUUUUUUCGAAACGAUUAAAUAGAAAUGCCACCAAAGGCCAAAAAGUCGGAAACAACGAGGGGGUCGAAAAAGAAAAAGAGCACUGAGAGCCUCGAAGAGGAAAGAAAAUCAACCUCCAAUGCAACCCGAAGGACAAAGGACAACUACAGUGUUUUCGUUUUGAACAUCCAAACCGACGGCAUCCAAUCAAUCUUGAAGGAAUUCAUCGCCAAAGCAAAAAGUCACAAACGUCUGGCUGUGGUUCCUAUUGUCUUGAGCGAGGUUGAAGAAGAAAUUUCAUUAGAGAAAGGGAACACAAAAACCCCUGAAAAAUCUGUGGUAGAGGAAGAUGAGAUCACUGUAAGUAAGGCAUCAACUUAUCAUGCAAGUCCCGAAGAGAUUUUCGCCAAAACAGAAGCAAAAAUAGCUAAAUGCAUUGAAGACCACGAUAUCCUUCUGGCUCAAUUGGACUCCAUAACACAAUUAGAUUUACUUGAUUACUGGCGGAAAGAGGUGCAGACUUUAUUGAAACCCGCAAAAGCUGAAAAGGGCGGGAAAGGUGGCAAAGGUGAUAAAACUGCGAAAGGUGAUAAAACUGAUAAAAGUACAAAAGAUACAACUAAAGCAAAGGGCAAGGGAGGAAAAGACGCAAAAGGGAAAGAUAAGAAAGAGGAUGAUGCCAAGAAAUCUGAAUUCGGAGAUGAAAUUUGCCAGCUUGGAACGAUGCCAACUGUUGAAUUUAUUAGCAAACCUUUCUCGCAAUUCAACGCUGCUAACAGGGAUAGCAGAGCUUUGCAGAAAUUCAUUACAGAUCAUCCUGAAAGUGGACCAAUGCUCUAUAUACUCCUCAUUGGUUCGGUUUCUUCGGAAUUUUGCCUUCAACUCCUCAAAGAAAAAUAUCCGCUAGAUGCAUGCAUUACCAUAUGCCCAAAUGGCUACAAAGGUGGCACAUUUGAAUCGCUUAGCGAUAUCCUCGCUCAUCACGACGAAACUAAAUCGAUGAAUCUAUGCAGCUAUGUUUUCCCAAAUCUAUCCAAAUGUGAGGCAGCAGAAAGAAGGGAAGAAAUUUAUAAAGAAAUUUGUUGGAUGUUGUAUGACGUGGAAACAUUGAAGCGUCAGUAUGCGAACUACCUUGCAAACACAAAAGAAAUUGAUGUAGGCAUGAAGGAUGAAGAUUGCAAAGUAGCCAUGAACUUCGAAUACGUUGAAGCUAUGCCAGAGAAACUUGCUGACUCCCUUGUUAUCCCCCUAUUUUUAGAUAGUCUUCUUGACAGUGUUGCACAGUCUAUGAAUGGCUUUGACACGGAAUCACCUCAAAAAGCCAACACCAACUCCGUUCCUCAACUUCCUUACAUUGACUUGUAUGGGAAAAAAGCAGUAGAAUUCAAAAACGAAAUCAUGAGAAACAUUGCUGGCAGCGAUGGUAUUAACCAGUUCCUCUAUUUCAAGUGCAUGCAGCAAAUUCACAAGUGCAGUUUUCCAAGUAGAAUUUGGACUGACAUCAACUGCUUGCGUCGAACAUCCUGUAACCAUUCUACAACUACUACAAGCAAAUGGGGAUCAAUAUCGACUCUACCUCAAAAUCAUGACAUUGCCUAUGUCGAGCUUCUGACAAAAGAUGCUAUCGCUCAGCGUUUGGACAACGUCGUGAGAAUGUACGACUAUAACUUGGCGGAGUACUCCAUGCAAAGGGACGAAAUCGACAUAUGUUUUUUUAAUUCGUCCGAACAAUACCAGGAGACAACGGACUCCUCAUAUAUACCGACAAAGGUUUGCUUUCGUGACUUCUGCAAGUACGUAGCUGAGGAAAUCAAGGAAUGGCUAGACGAGCAAGAAGUUCUCUACGAGAGGCAACUAAUGCAAAUUAAACUGCAAAGACGGUCAAGAAAUAUACAAUUUGAGGAAAUCAGUGACCACGACUUCUUCUUCGAGCCGUCGUUGAAGAAAACAAAAGGACUAAGUCAAGAAAAGAAAUCAAAAGAAACAGUAGAGCCAGCGGAAAUAACUUCUCAGUCACUUCCCAGCGACAUCCUCUCUGACGCUGUUUUGAAGGAUAAAGCAUCACAGAAAUCGAAAAUUAAAACACCCUUCUUUGUCUACAACAUUGGUGACACCCGUCAACAAAUCUUUUCAACUCGUGCAACAUUCCGGACAACGGGAGGGACGGUCCAACUAGUAGAAGAUAAAGACGCAUUCGGCCACAUCCUGCUAACUGUUGACCUGGACUACUUUGGCAACCAUUUCCUUUGCAGCCAUACCUAUCCAACACCCAACGAAACACCUUUCAUGAGAAUCCUUUGCAGCAAUUCCUCCGAGAUCAACAUUCAGCAGGUUUCGUCAGAAAUGAAAUCAAGUCCCAGCUUGGGUGAAAUGUCCCAGAUAUCAACUACAGAGGAUGGGAGGGAUUCGGCUCAUUUUGAACUCAGAAUUGGCUGGCCCACGGGAUUAGAGAUCAAAACUAUUCAUGAUUUGGAAACAGGUUCUAUCGUUGCUAUCGAGCAAACACUUAAUGAUAAGACAAAUUCGGAAUCGAAACGGGUAUUUUACUCCAAUGGAACUGUUGCCGUUUAUUCUAGUGAUGGCUUCGUGGACAUUCUGACUUCCAAUGGAACUAUAUAUGAAGCGAUGCAAGUCAACAAUUCUAGUUUAGAUGCCUUUACAACUUAUAGUGGUGAUGAGGGGCUUGAAAUUGAUCUGAAGCAACACAUGUUCGAAAAGGAGCGGUUUGAACAGUUCAAAUUUGAUAUUGUCAGAGACAAAUGCAAAAUUACUACCCCGGAUGGUUACGUAUUUGAGACUUUUCCCGGGAAUAUGGUACGGGAAAACCGAAGGCUUCAUCUGACCGAAUGGUGUGACUAUGCCCUUGGGGAAUGGUACAGUAAGCUUGAAGGCGGUAUUAAGUCACGAUGGGUCGAUAAUAAGUACGAAGUCUACUAUCAGGAUGGAACUCUAAUAACGAGUUUCCUUUAUGAAGAACCAUUAAAAGAACAAUAUUUUUAUGACGAAUCCGAGUCCAUUGACAUUCUUGAACUUCACGAGGAAUCGGAUGCUAACCAAAGUGCAACUGUAAUCGCUGGCAACGUUCUGGAUAAAAUCCUAGGCGACGUGGCAGAGGAGCACUUCACAACCUUCACUCGCACAUAUAAAAUGCAGCAUGAAAAAUAUGCCUUCGUUGAAUUCGAAAAGGAUCAAGCGAAAAUCUCCUGCCCCGAUGACAUCAACAUCAUCAUACGGAGUAAUGAACUUCAAAUAAAUAUUAAAAAGGAAUUCUUUGUGAACUGCGCUCCUGGAAAGUGCAGCGUUCGCGGAUGCAAGUAUCCGGAUCAGCAGAACUCCGUCGAGGCGGCUUUUGAAUUCGACUCCGAAGUCGAACCAUUUUUGAAUAUUACUUCAGGAGUUGACGCCGAGCUGAAGGUUAAUCAAAAUGGGAAGCGCCAGUAUCUCUUCAAGUCAACCAGUUGUCGACCGAAGUUUCUGAGCUCCCAAGAAAAACGAAUAGUCCUAGAUCACCAUUUUGAAGGAUAUGAAACGCACAACAGAUUGGAAGUAGAUCAUCUAAUGGAUUGUUUACAUAAAUCAAACUGCAUCGUAAAAUCUACAGACGAAAAUGUUACAAUCCUUCAGCCUAUAACCUCAUACAAGGACCACUUCAAAAUGCCUAUCCCCAAUUUAGAUAAAUUUAUGGAAAAAUUCGUUCACAAGGGACAGCCAUGUGAUGUAAUCCGGACUCAAGGUUUUGAUCCGACGAGCCUGAUGCCGAAUCUGAUGACCCUUCGAACCUUCCUUAUGGCUACCCAAUAUUUUCGUCUGAAACAUCCAUCAACUGCCGAAAUCUUCUCCAGGAAAGCUACAUCUCUCGAUGAUGUCUACUACAGUCAGGAUUUCGGUGAAAAUGUGUGGAGAAUUUUAAACCAAGAAGCUCUCAGGACGAUUGAUGAGUUUCUUCAGAAGAUGAAACCCAAAGGAGUGCUUCCAGAAGCCGCCAUUCGAUUGUCAACUCUCUCAGAUCUAUUUGAUGACUCCCAUUAUCGGAAAACAAAAGCAGCACGCAAGCAAAUAUACCAUCAAAUACUUCGGCACAACUUUUGCCCAAAAUACUACGAAUUUAAGGAAGCCAAUUGUCAGGUGAAAAAUAUGGACGUGUUCAAAUACAAGGAAAUUUUGGAUAAACUCGAUGGGGCACGUCCCGCCCACUCCGAUGUGUUGAUCCAGAAACAACAAGAGGAAAAGAAGGAAGAUAUAACGCUUCGUCAUUCACCAUGCUUUCGUUGUCCGAUAUAG